AUGGUUCACGAUCUGGCUGGUCUACUGGAAAAUCCAUCCGAGGCGCUUGCAUGCACUGCCCAUCUCCAUCAUGAGAAGGUCAGAGAAACGCUCAUUAUCUUGUAUGAGGAGAAAUGUUGGGGGCUCACUUUGAAUGCUCACCAUGCGGCACUGUAUGAACUUUCACCCUCCAACGUACUGCUGCGCGUUGGGGUUCUCUGUGCAAAAACUGUUACCAUGACGAACGUUACCAAGGAAACAGAAGCAUUUGUCGAGAACUAUCUAAAAACCGCAAGCACACCCAGUUUCCAGCGCUUCAUCGACGAAAAUGUCGAAUUUAUUGCACAGAACUCGUAUUUGGGGGACGCGCUCGAAAAAACCUGGACCACCCUGUAUGGGAAGGUUGCGCAACGGGUAAAGGUGGAUGUUGCAAAAGGGCGCAAGAAGCCUGAUUGGGCAGCCGUAGCACUGAAGAUGGUGGAGCUGGCUCGGCCCAAGGCAGGCGAUAUCGCAGUCGGGGAAUGCUCGAAAGCAUCAUACCCAACGACUAAAUCACCCGAAUCGACGUCCCUCAAAGUAAAACGGACAACUCUGGACAAAGAAAGGAUUUCGCGAGAGUUAGGACAGUUGUCGAAAAAGAAUUUCUGGAGCCUGGAACGGUCUGAUGAAGCGCCGCUGAUCAUAGACCAGAUUGUCAUCGACUUUGCGAAACAGUGCAACUACUAUCAUCCGUCCCAGUCACUCAUAUUGGACAUCGGCGAUAACAAUUGGGAUGAUGUUUUCUCGGGUGGAGAUCUGGAUGCUUUAGAAAAUUUUGGUUCUAAGCUAUUCCCCGCGUUGGAUGCUGAAUUGAUUGAUAUCUUAAGCGAUAUUGAAAAGCUGACAACUCCGUCUGAAGCAUAUGAAUUCGGCCGCAAAUUGUGUCAUGAUCCCGUAAAGGAGCCUUUGAAAGCAUGGUUGGUCGUCGAAUUGCAAGAAUUUUCUUUGUGGGGUUUCAUAAAAACCAUCGUCAAAGGCACUCGCAUCACAGCAAAAGGGAAAAGAUCCAUAUCAGCCAUCGAACCAGCCACGAACCGUCGGGUUGGCCGUGAAAUUGACGUGAUUUACAGCGCAAACAGAAAAGAAGUGGGGUGUGUCGAGAUUGGAAAGAACGAAGAUCAGACCAAAGAGAUGAAGGACAGCUUGACCAAAAUGCCGUUAAUCAUGCAUGAUAUGUUGAGCCAAGUGGCAUAUUCACAAAAAUCAUUGCAUCAAGUUCAAAUCCUCGGCUUCGUCAUCAACGGUCAGUGA